AUGAAUUACGUUGUAAUUGUUGGGUUCUCCUACAUCAUCUCAACAGUUUCCUGUUAUCGCCAAUUUAACAGUCGUGAUGAAACAGAUCUUUGUCGUUACUGUAGAGAAUUUCCUCGUAACCAGCUUUUCGGAUGGCCAUUAUAUAAUCGAAGGCCAGCUAUGCUACGAACUGUUAGUAUUCGAGGAGCUUCAGAAUUCUGCGACAUUUUCAACAACGAUGCGUUAACUAAGGCAGACUUCAUAAAUGCCCUGCAAAAUUGGUCCAACGCCCAGGACGACAGAACGCAGGGAUUGGUUCGAGAAUACGUACAAGGUUUAGAAGCUCGUAGGAACGAAACUGUCGCAGGACUGAGACAGGCCGCUGUAAACUUAAGUCGGAAUGCUCAAGACGCUAUUGAAAGUAUAGUGAACAUUAUUGACAACAUGAAUAUUACUUCCAGCGAUGAAGACGAGCAGGUUUAUAAUGCUAUCAACGGUCGACCAUUAAGCGUUCGCGCAGAGCUGUGGGCCGUAUCAGUUGAGAUCCGGCGUACCCAUGGCUCCUCUGACUUUUUUGUCCCGCCACCGUUUAGUCAUUCUCACUAUCCAAUCAUAUAA